CCUCCCCUCUCUCAUCUCUUCCAGAUCAUGGCUUUGGCGUUUUUCUUCGCCUUGUUGGCGCAGAGAUUGGCUUUUGUUGGUGAUGAGUUCGAUGCAGAAACACUUGAACGCAUGCGUCAGCGUGAGGUGUUUCUGCGAGAGCAGAUGACACUGCAGUGGCAACACGUAGACAACCUGGGGCAGAGCUGGAUAGGCAUUCGAGCCUUGUCCUCUGUGUUGCCUUACGGGAAGGUUUGCAGCCUUCUUGAACGCAUGCGUCAGGUGUUUCUGCGAAAGCGGAUGGAAAAGCUUCCGCUUCCGCUUCCGCAAUUAGAAGAGAGCAACCUGGAGAAGAGCAGGGUGGAAGUUCAAGCCUUGCUCUUCUCUGUGUUGCCUUACUGGAAGGUUUGCAGUGUUCUUUGCAUUCUCUUCCUUUUUCUCUGGUUCAUGUGGAAGAUCUAUAAAAAGUUCCAGAGAAGUGAAGACAUCAGUGAUGAGGAGAGCUCCAUCAGUAAGCAGGAGCAGCAGGAGGAGAAACAGGAACCGGAGGUGCAGCAGGAGAAAGCAGGGGAGGAGGGGAGUAAUCUUCUCCGUGCUGAUGUGCUCUGGCCAGACCAAAUUCAUCGAGAUAACUGUGAGCAGAUACUCCUCCUCUUUGGUCGCCUCAUCAACUUAUGCCAGUAUCUGGUGUCAGAUACUUUCUUUCCAGUGCCAGAGCACCCCAUCGGGGUGAGCAGUGCCUAUGAAGGCUGGUGUCCCCCUGAGAAUGAGCCCAACUUCCGCCUGCUUGUGCCCCUGUCGGCCCCCCGUGGGCACGUUUUCCACCUCGAUCUGGGUGCCGCAGGGGAGCUGCCAGCAAGGAACUCCCGCAUCCAUGUAGAUCUGGAAUGCACGUGCGGGAGGGAGCAGGAGAUGGGUAUGCGGUGCUUCCUCCACACCUCCAAGGAAGAGCUGGGAAAUCAGCACCCCAGCCUGCUACGUGACUUCUGCAAGGACGCCUACCUAGACGCGGAGAAGACUGCCCGAUGGUUCCGGGUGCUGAUCACAAAUGCCUGGAAAUACAUGCCUGAGGCAGCGACAUGCAGUAUGAAUGUGGCAUUCUCCAGGCGCUCCUGCAGGAUUCAUCUGACAGACAUCCACAAAACAGCCGUCGUUGUUGAGAUUGUGUUUGGCGUCCAGCAAGAAAAUACGGACAUCUUUCUGAGCAGCCAGGAGACAGAGGCUGCUUUUACCCCCAGCACAAUCUGGCCACAGAGUUGUGCGGUGGCUGAGGAAAAGUUUUUCCAGCACAUAGCCACCCAUGACCAGGCUUGGACCAGCUUUUUUCAAUAGACCUCAGAUCAGGUGUGCAAGUGGGUGCCUACCAAUCCUGAGCAGGGCCAGACUUUUUCUCCCUACCAACUGAGGACAGUGAUCAUUGCACCUGUCCUGACGGCCAUUCUCCUUUCUGGAAUACGCUGA